AUGACUACCUUCACUAUUCCCCAAGACUUCCUGUCAGGCCCAGGUCCACAGGUCCAAAAGAGCGACGUGGACUUCAGGUAUACCGAAUUACCAGAAUAUGAAGGCCGCUAUGCUACAGUCCUUGACAACGUCUUCACAAAAGACGAAUGCGAUACCCUCGUUCGGGCUGCUGAAGCCCAGAGUAAUGGCACCUGGGAACAAGCCAUGAUCAACAUCGGAGGAGGCGCGCAAGCAUUGAUGACAGAUACCCGAGACUGCGGCCGUAUAAUCUGGGAUGACACAGAGGUGGUCGAGAGGAUCUGGUCGAGGGUCAAGGGUUUGGUUCCGGAGAUUGAGUCUCUGAAGGGCAUGGCUAGAGUGACAGGGAAUGGACCUGCCAUGCGGGGCGAGACGUGGAAGAUGACCCGACUCAAUGAGCGCAUGAGAUUCCUGAAGUAUGGCGCGGGCCAGUACUUCAAGCCACACAACGACGGCUGCUAUGUGACUCCGGACGGCAAGGAGAUCUCGUUCUACACCCUCCAUCUCUAUCUCAAUGAGUCAACCCCCACCAACAAGCUCCAAGGCGGAGCGACGACGUUCCACUCAUAUAACAUGCAACGCUCGUUAGAUGUAGACCCAAAGGUAGGCAGGGUGCUCAUCUUCCAACACCGAGACCUGCUGCACUCAGGCGCAGAUGUUACAGGCGGCACCAAGCUAACUUUGCGAACGGACCUCAUGUAUGGGAAGGUGAAGAAAUGA